AUGUUGGGAUCUAGAGUUGUUCAUCAACUUUACUUCCUAAUUCUCACUCUCAUCCUUCCCUUCUCCGCUGCAUAUCAAGUCGGCGUAAACUACGGCACCGUGGCCAACAACCUCCCACCGCCUCACCAAGUCGUCAACUUCAUCAAAACAAAAACAAUAAUCAACCACGUCAAAAUCUUCGACACAAACCACGACAUCCUCGCCGCAUUUUCCGGCAUUACAGGAAUCUCCCUCACCGUCACCGUCCCAAACUCCGAUAUCAUUUCUCUUUCCAAGCUUUCCAACGCACGUUCAUGGCUCUCCGACAACCUCCUCCCCUUCCUCCUAACAACUUCAAUCCGUUACAUUGCUGUCGGAAACGAAGUCGUCGCCACAUCCGACAAAACCCUCAUCACUCAUCUCCUUCCCGCUAUGGAGACGCUUACGUUAGCAUUACACCUUGCUAACGUCAGUAGGAUCUUAGUCUCGACGCCUCACUCGCUCGGUAUCCUCUCAGGCUCCUCCGAGCCACCUAGCUCCGGAAAGUUCCGUAAAGGGUACGACAAAGCCAUCUUCUCUCCAAUCCUAGACUUCCACAACCGCACCAAGUCUCCUUUUAUGGUUAACCCGUAUCCAUAUUUCGGUUUCGGACCUGAAACGUUAAACUACGCACUCUUUAACACAAACGACGUUGUAUAUGUUGACCCGGUUACGAAGUUGAACUACACCAACAUGUUCGACGCUCAGCUUGAUGCUGUUUACUCCGCAAUGAAACGAUUUGGGUACGGUGACGUGGACAUUGUUGUGGCUGAGACCGGUUGGCCUUCAGCUGGUGAACCGAACCAAACCGGCGUCGGUUUAGAUUAUGCCGCAGCUUACAAUGGGAACCUUAUAAAGCAUGUGAAUUCUGGUAAGGGCACUCCAUUGAUGCCAAACCGGGUUUUCGAAACUUAUGUUUUUUCUCUCUUCAACGAGAAUCUCAAAUCUUCGGUUUCAGAGCAAAACUUCGGUUUGUUUAAACCGGACUUCACCCCGGUUUACGAUGUCGGUAUCAUGAAAACAAAUAAGGUAUAUACGCUUCAAUUAUUGUAA